AUGGCUAACACUCUCAUUUUAUGCAUAUUUAUACUAAUAAUAUUGAACUUUUAUUGGAGUUACGGAGCUAAUGGUGCUACACGUGAUCAGCUUAUUCUUGCAAAUUUCAAAGCACAAUUAUCAAAAGCUCGUACACUAAAACAAGCUCUUGCUAUAUAUGCUGAUGCAAAUGUGAGGAAUAGACAUCAAGUAGCUAUGCAAACGGAUCUUCGUAAAAUUGAAAAAGAAAUUAAUACACAAUUGGCUGACCUUGAUUUACCAAAAGAUGAUAAGAUUGUUCCAUAUGUCAAUGGUGGAUGCUUACCACGUAUAACAUGUGUUCCAGUUUAUGCUCAACAAGCAACAACAGGUGGUAUUGUUUUUCCCAAUUGUGUCGAAGUUCAUCGAUGUUCUGGUUGCUGUCAAGAAACACAAUUUUCAUGUGAACCAACAAAAAUUGAUUAUGUUUCAUUCAGUCCUAUUAUCAAAUUUGAACAUGGUGAUGGAUCUAUUCCACCAAUAGCUGCAUUAAAACCAUUUAAAACAGAAAAUCAUACGGAAUGUACAUGUAAAUGUAAACUAAAAGAAGAUGCAUGUCCAAGCAAUGCUCAGGUAUUGGAUCAUGAAUUAUGUCGAUGUAGAGAGCAAGCUUGCUUUCCUCAAUGUCAAGCAAUGCAACGCUGUCAAUUGCUUAGUACCCAAGAUAAACCAUCGUGUGUAUGCAAACGACCUAUUCCCGGUCAGAAUGGCGCAUAUUCAUGUCCAUCAGGUUUUCAGCCUGAUGCUCGUUGCAAGUCAAAUAAACAUCAACAAGCAGAAAUUCGUGCUCGUUUAGCUCGAGCUAAAUCAAUCAAAGAAGUUUUAAUUAUUCUUAAGAGUUCAAGCAACGAAGGUCGUCACUCACUUCUAACUUCCGAAGCAUUGGACAGAGAACAAGCAUCAAUUCGAACGGUUGCACAACAGCUAAAAGCAGAUGUCGGUUUAACAGUUGAACCUCGCAAUGGUGUUUGUGAACCUCGUGUUCUAUGUGAACAAGUACCUGUUGAUCGUAAAGUAGGUCAUAAUACAAUAUCUUUUCCACAAUGUCUUGAAAUACAUCGAUGUGGUGGUUGUUGUCAAGAAGUUCAAUUUUCUUGUAUACCUACGCAACAACAACCAGUGACGUUUAGUCCAUUAUUAUUGAUUUCUUUGGAUGAUACCAAUCAAUAUGAAGUUAAUCGUCCAUUAACAUUAAUGAAUCAUACACAUUGUGAAUGUAAAUGCAAUAAAAAAGAAGACGAAUGUUUCCGAGAAGGCAAAACACUUGAUUCAGUAUUGUGUCAAUGUGUUCAACCACGCUGUGUACCUGAAUGUCGUAUAUCAUCAACAUGUUCGAUUGUGCAUGGUAGUAGUAUACCACGCUGUACAUGCCGUCGUCGUAUACAAGGACAAGCGAGUAAUUAUUGUCCAAAUUCUAAUCAACGACCAGAUGAAAUGUGCAGACGUUGUGAAACAUUUUAUGGUUAA